AUGGUAUUUGGGACGAGAAGAAAUGGAGAAACUCUUGAAAGCGCUACUUACAAAGCAGUGCAGAUCCUGGAAUGCGGUGGAGUUGUUGCUGUUCCAACAGAUACAGUUUAUGGCUUGGUUACGACAAUUCCGAAUGCGAAAAAAAUUUAUGCUUUAAAACGACGCAAUCCUUUGAAGCCUUUUGUUCUUUGUUCAGAAAAAACUAUAGAAUCAAUAUUGCGUAUUUUGAAAAAUCUUUUGCCUGGUCCUUUUACGCUUAUUUUUAAACGGUCGACAUUACUUCCUAAAUGUUUCAAUCCUGAUCACGAUACAGUUGGAAUUCGAAUACCUGCUCACUCUUUUGUCCUAUCUCUUCUAAAUAGACUUGGCAGUCCAUUGGCCCAGUCAAGUGCCAAUAUUUCUGGUGCCACUAAUAGUCCGAUCUGCAUUGAAGAUUUCGGGGAUCUCUGGUCGCAGGUUGAUUUAGUUAACGAAUUCGGUGAAAUUUCUCGUGAAGGAAGUACAGUGAUCGAUUUAAGCGUUCGAGGAACUUAUAGUAUCGUGAGGGAUGGCUGGUAA